AAUAAUUGAAUUACGCCUUGAAUAGCGUUGGUUGCGAAUGCUAUAUAUACAAAUUCAAAUUUUGGAUUUUUUUUCUGAUUUCGUAGUAAUCAGUAAACCAGUCUAUUUUAGACAGACUCAAAUUUGAAACGAAUUUUAAAAUCUGGAUUCGACUUACGACUCUGAUCAUUCACAGUCACGUAUACGACAGAAAAAAAUUUCGUUAGACGACUUCAGACCAAUUUCGUUGAAUAGAAUAUUUCUAAAUCUGGCAUUGUCCAGUUUAACUUCUGUGCUUCCUGACUACGUCACCGUGACCUAUAUGAAUAUAUAUAUAAGCGUGAACAAUCGAUGUCGUGGCACAGAACGACGAAAACAAGUAACAAUGGUGAUGUCAGGGUCAAGUUUACUUUUCCUCUUAGCCGCGAUUGCCGUGACCACAUCGGCGGCUGCUAAAUGCAGAAAACUACCAAUGAGACCUAUUGAAUGGACACGGCUUUCUGGCAUGUGGUACAACACCUUCAGUCACAGAGGCGAUCCGAUUCAGCUUGAAGGACUAUGUAACAGCAUGGUGAUAGCCGGUACAAAGGGUUACGAUGGAGUUGCUGUCGUCAGAAACGUUAUGCCUGAAACAACUGCAAACAUGGGAGGAGAACAAGUAUUGGCAAGUGUUCCUGAGUUUUUCACAAGCUUGGAUCCCGGUGUUUAUAAGCUCGAUCCUUCUUCUCAACUAAAAUGGAUGGACAUUCACGAAUUAGAAAAACUGAUGCCCAAAAACAGGAUUGCUUCCUUCAUGAAUGCAAUCUCCAAGCAUUACACUAACAAUUUCCAAAUUACCACCGGGAAAGGCUUCUUCAUAAUCCAUCAAUGUGAUUGCUCGGCGGACCAAAGCUCAGUUUGGGUUUACACCACAAAUCCGAAUCCCACGGAAGAGGAGACCGCCUAUAUUCGAGAUCAUUUGGCAACAAAACGUAUUGAUGUAGAUCUCCAAAGAAACGGAGCCUGCUUCGAUUCUUUGACUUACAUUUACGAAAAAGCCAACGGAAUCAAGAAAUAGCUUUUAAAUUCAUGUCAAUAUAUAUAGAAUUAGUAUUUCUGUAUUAUUGUAUUAUUGUUUAUAUAAUUGCUUGGGAAAAUCUUUUUCUCGUUUCGGACUUUUACUAUUGUAAUAUGAAUUAUGAUUUCUACCUGAACGUGGAUUUAAAAAUGAGA